UGACCGGAAGUCGGGCAGCGCGGUCAUGUGACCCCCCGCGUGUCUUUAAGGAAGCGGCCGGAAUGGUUCUGCUUCUGUAGCGGUGGAUCAAUCCCCUCAUCACUCGGCAUGUCGGCGGAUCUCUUAGCGGUGGCUCUUCUGCUUCUAUCCGGAUUCGGGUCCCGGGCCCAGUACGCCCCGGACGAGGUGACCCGGCUGCCCGGCAUGUCGUUCAGACCCGCGUACCGUCAGUGGUCCGGUUACCUGUCAGCCGGACCGGGCAAGUUCCUGCAUUACUGGUUUGUGACGUCCCAGAGGGACCCGGUCAAAGACCCGCUGGUCCUCUGGCUGAACGGAGGCCCCGGGUGCAGCUCGCUGGACGGCUUCCUGUCGGAGAACGGCCCGUUUCACGUGAACGAUGAUGGAGCCACGCUGUACGAGAACAAAUGCAGCUGGAACAAGAUCGCCAAUAUCCUUUACCUGGAGUCUCCCGCGGGCGUGGGUUAUUCUUACUCGGACAACAAGAAGUACAAAACCGACGACGACCAGGUGGCGGAAGACAACUGUCGAGCCUUGCAGAACUUUUUCGUCAAGUUUCCAAACUUCACUCGGAACGACUUCUUCAUCUUCGGCGAGAGUUACGGCGGCAUCUACGUCCCGACGCUGAGUCUGCGCUUGGCCUUCGGCACGGCCCGCCUCAACUUCAAGGGUUUUGCAGUGGGGAAUGGCCUCAGUAGCUGGGCUCUCAAUGACCAAUCUCUGAUCUACUUUGGUUACUACCACGGCCUGUUUGGAGAAGAGUUAUGGCGUGACCUCAACACAAACUGCUGUGAUAAGGGAGGCUGUAACUUUUACAACUCCACUGUGCAAACCUGCAGCAUACUGGUGAAGGUUGCUUUCAGCAUCGUAUACACCAGUGGCCUCAACAACUACGCGCUCUACUUGAAUUGUGAGGGUGGCACCAAAUCCCACAGGGGCUACGAGAGGAGCAUGACCCAUCUGUUCAAGAAUUACAGGAAGCAGUGGGAGAGCCGCCGGAAUAACGUUCCCCUCAACAAACCGCUGUUUGAAUUCCCGGCGUCGGCCUCCGUGUCCCUCGGCGAAGUGCCGCCCUGCAUCAACGGCACAGCGCAGACGAACUGGCUGAACCGCGGAGACGUGAGGAAGGCCCUGCAUAUUCCAGAUGUGCUGCCGCCGUGGGACAUGUGCAGUGAUGACGUUGGACAACAGUACACCACCCUCUACGCAACCAUGAGAGAGAUUUAUUUGAAGCUGUUGUCUGUGGGCAUCCAGGCUUUGGUUUAUAAUGGAGACACCGACAUGGCCUGUAACUUCCUGGGAGACCAGUGGUUUGUGGAGGACCUCGGACAGAACGCCACCACCAAGUACCAGCACUGGCUAUUCAAUGAGCAGGUCGCUGGUUUCUACCAGCGGUUUGGAAACAUCACCUUUCUGACAGUGAAGGGCGCGGGUCACAUGGUUCCUCAAUGGGCUCCGGGACCGGCGUUCCACAUGUUCCAGUCCUUCAUCACCAACGGUUCCUACUGAGCCUGCUCGCUGUAAGCAGCAGCCUCGCCAGCGGUGAAGAUGGUUCGCUUUUCUCAGGGGGAGGAAAAAAAAGAUAAAAUGUUUUCUCAUUUUAUUGGACUAAUUUUUUUUUCCUGAGGUUAAAGGUCAGUUGGAUGUGCCUUGACUGAAUGACAGCUCAGCUUCAAUCGUGUCUCAACCAAUCUUGCACUUUAAAUUCUUUUUUUCUCGGCGGCCUUUUCUUAUUAAACACCAUCGUUCACACA